CGGUUUUUUUGUUUGGGUGGCGGAUGUUUGACGUCAACAAAUAUGGCGACGCGAAGCUUCUCUUGGAGGCUACCCGUUCACGACCAUGUGAAAAUAUAAAAGCGUUUAUCCUCCGUCGACAGCGUUUAUAUUUGAUAAAGGAACCGACAUGUCAAACUAUGGAUCUCAACAUUCCAUGGGCAACCCAAGCCAGUCAAAGAAAAAGAAGAAGAAAAGCAAUUACUGCAUUUUGUGCAGAGAGACUGUCCUGCCAAAAGAAAGACACCAGCACUUGCAUAGCAUGGCACACCACAGAGAACUUGAAUCAUUGAUGGGCAAUGUUCCUUGCCAUGAUUGCCAGGCAUGUCAGGUGUCCUCCUUGAGUCUUAUUCAGUACGCUCAGCACAUUGCAAAUAUUCAACAUCAAGCAAAUUUAAGGAGGCUAAUAUUUAGCAAUGUGAAACCCAUUACAAUUUACAAAACUCUUGACCCGGAAACGAUCAAGGCUCUCCUCAGCAGAAACAAAACGCUGAAGAAACAGAGGAAAAAAAUGUUAAAAAAGCAAAACAAAAAGAAAAACCAACAACCGAAUACAUCCAAACAGGUAAUGGCACCUCAGCAGGAAGGCAGUCACACUACUGUUUUCAUAGAAAAGGAUAACCAGCCUGCUUAUCAGAAAGUUGCUGCCAAAAGCAACGGCUCCCAACACGACAACCAAACUUGUGGUGAAUCGCAACUGUUCUCGUGGCCUGGGAAUGACCCUUUUGGCAAUUACCAAACGAUGUCGCAGUCCGACAGUGCAGUCGACUUCGCCAGUGAUCACGUUCCUAGUAACCACGGCCUCAUCUUCCACCAGGAUGAGUGUGUUAAAUCAUCUGUACCGGAGCAAAAUCAAACUGCUUCUAACUCGCAGCCUAAACCUGUCCCCAACCCUAACAUGGAUGUCAGCACUAUGCUUAGGGACAUUAGACAAGCGCUGGGUGUGCGGGAGCCGUGUAGGGCGGAUCGAGAAGCCCGAAAGCAAAAUGCUCAGGUGGGAGCACGGCCAUCUGAACGUUGCUCUUCACAGGACAAAGCCACCCCACAGAAGAGCAUGACACUUGAACCAAACCCCUCUGCACCUUCAACCAGCAGGGCAUCAAGCGUGCCGAUCAGUUCCAAAGCGAAGGUUCGGAUAGCUCACAAAGCAGCAGCGGCUCAAAGAUUAGGACAGCAGAGUCAAAACAAAAUGGCCCCGAAGGUUGGCGCUCUCUCAUUCCCAAAUUUUAACCAGAAGUGGAAGACCAUGUACGAUAAGCUGAAGAAGAGCAAGCAGAAGCAGAAGAAGAAAGAAUCAACAUCCAGGUUUGGAAUUGAGCUGGUGAAACCCCUGCACAAACAAAAUCCAUUCGAAAUGGGUGUCGCCGAUGACCUGAUGCUUUCAGAAGGCUUCCAUUGGGAGUCACUUUCCGAUACUAGCAUGCCCAUUCCUCUUCUUCCUGCUCUUCCUACAUAUUCUCCGCCUACUGCACCUAUUCCUCCUAUUACUCAAGAUACAACUGUUCGUGCUGUAGUGACCCAGUCAAAAGAACACAUGCCACUGACACUGAACAAAAGCUGUGGUCCAACAAGGGCAGGAACUGUGAAUGUAGACCCAGAGGAGGGUAAUAGAGGCACCAACAAGAGGAAAUACCAACAGUUACAAGAGGAUGGCAGUCCUGUUAAUGAGGCUUUUGUGAAAAGGAACAAAACUAUGAUAAAUCGGGACCGUGGCCAAAUGGACAAGCUUUUAUCGGUGUCGCUCAGGGAAGAGGAGCUGUGUCAGUCAGUGCAAGAAGUGGACAAGUCUCUUGUCCUUGCCCGCAAAGCCUUGCAAGUGGCCUUCGCAGAAGUACAACGACUUACAUUGUUAAGGCAACAGUACACUGCAGAGGUGGACAGUCUGAGAGCGCACCGUAUUGAGAUACUACAGGGCAUGCAAGAAGUGUAUUCCGGAAGCUCAAAUGAGGUGCAGGCGGCCACAACGUCUUCAUCAGCAUCUACAGAUCGUAUUACUCGUAGUCCAUCCUCAAGAUCUUCCUCUAAAGUUAUCGUCUCGGCCCCUAACAUCUACCAUACCUCUGCCUCGGCGCCUUCCAUUAGUCAACCUCAGACGGCCUCCAUUGCUUCAACUAUUAUAGCAAAUAAGCAAGAAGCAGUGAUUCUAUCCACCUCAAAACAACCAAGUUCACAAGCCCAAAUGGUCUCGUCGCCUCUCCCCUCACGACCCACUGUCGCUUCUCCCACAGUAGCUACAAACGAACAAACCAGAGCAGAUGUUUUAAAUCCAUCCUUACCUGCCAAUUCAACAAAAAUGGAACCUGAAAGCUUUUUAAAAGAAAACGUUAACAUAGUUGGUGCCGAUGAUGAAAGUACAGAUCACUCCACAGGGCUUCUAAAUGUCAAUCAUUCUGCUGCAAUAGUGUGUGACAACAAAGGCAAUGAGAGCGAUGACUUGGUGGAAGUGAUGGAGCCCAAAAUGGUGGUGAUUACCAUUGAUGAAUCUGAGAAUGAAGAAUCACCGAAAAAGUCCUCAAUUGUGGCAGGUCCACAACAGGUGCCUCUAGAAUCUAUUAGUAUGAAGUGCGUCCCUUCAAGCACGCAACCUACUCUGCAGAUGAAAACUGAAAGCCCCGUUUUGUCGGAAAGUGACCCCUCUCCUCUACAAGAAGUUGUAGAGGUGAUUUCGGGGGAAGACGAGCCGCCUGCCUUGGGAGCCUUCUCGAAUCACACAGGUGCUGUUCAUGAUCUGCAAAUCCAUGAAGGCUUCUUGUACACAUGCUCAGCGGACAAUACGGCGCGGGCCUACAGUCUGACGAGUAAGGAGUGCCAAGGAGUGUUUGAGGGCCACACUAACAAAAUUAAUUGUCUGCUGGUCUCCUGCCUCCCCAACAUGCCAGCCAGACUCUUCACUGGCUCUAGCGACCAGACUGUUCGCAUCUACAGCUUAAAGACAUGGAAGUGUCUGGAGACCAUCACACUGCCUGACCGAGUUCUGUGUUUGCACAUUGCCUGGAAUACUGUGUUUGUUGGCCUUGCCAGUGGAUCAGUGGCCACCUUUGAUUUAAAGACGUUGAAACCACUGGAUAUGUUCGAGUGCCACGGCCCACGAGGCAUAAGCUGUCUGGGCACGGCGCAGGAGGGUGCCCGUCGAGUCCUGCUGGUUGGCUCCUAUGACAGCACCAUCAGUGUACGAGACGCCAAGAGCUGUUUACUUCUACGUUCGCUUAAAGGGCAUACCAAGACUGUUCUCUGUAUGAAGGUGGUAAAGGACUUGGUGUUCAGUGGUUCCAGCGAUAACUCUGUUCACGCACACAACAUCCAUACAGGCGAGUUAAUACGGAUCUACAAGGGUCACUCUCAUGCUGUCACGUCAAUAGUCAUUUUGGGGAAAGUGAUGGUGACCGCCUGUCUGGACCAGCUUGUUCGAGUUUACGAGCUCGAGUCCCAUGACCGCUUGCAGGUGUAUGGUGGUCACAGUGAUAUGGUAAUGUGCAUGGCCGUCCACAAGAGCGUGAUCUACACAGGUUGUCAUGAUGGAAGCAUUCAAGGUGUAAAACUGAACCUGAUGAAGAACUAUCGCUGCUGGUGGCAGAAUUGCUGUCUGAUUUUCGGCAUGGCAGAGCACCUUGUCCAGCACCUCGUCGGUGACCACACCAGUCCCAAUCUGGAGACGGUCAAGUGUCGCUGGAGGGGAUGCAGCACGUUUUUCCCCACACAGCAGACAGUCAGACAGGAGCUUCCUAAGCAUAUGCAGAAUCACGUUGAUGUGGACAGUAAAGUGGAGUCUUGAGGCAAGCUGUGCUGAUGGUGCCCCCCUUUUUUUUCCUCACUCUGAAUAUUCGUGCCAUUCAAGUUCUCAAUGAACACACAUGUUGAAACAGUGGACACUUUUGUAGUAUGUAGGUUUGUUUAAUUUACCACUAUCAAAGGCAUUUCCCAAAGGACUUUUUUUUUUUAAUGUGUAUUAUGGAAUAACAGUUCAUUUCUUGAAAUAAAACAGGGCAAAUUAAAAUUGUUGUACUACAUCAUUGUACAGAUAAACUAAAAACUUCAGAUCAGAAACACUGUUUUUCAAGUUGGGAACUUCCCAGAACAUUUGAAAAUUGUAUUAAGUAAUUCUAGUCUAUGUAAAAAAUGUAAAUGUAAUAUGGCUACUAGAGUGUCUGGUAUUUGUUUUAAGUAUAUUCAAAUAUUGUAUUAGUUUGUUUUUAUGGCCAAAAAAAAAAAAAUCUAAAAUGCAUGCGUAACAGAUAUUAACCAGUUAAUGCCCAGUAAUGCUCAUAUGUGAGAUGCUGUGCUUCAAAUUCCCUUUGGAAAAUCUACCUAAAUGUUCAAUAUAUUUAUUUUGCGAGUAAAACAGGGCCUCUCCCAGGCUGUGCAUUAUUUUGUGAAGUAACCAAGUACUGUAAACAAUCCCAUUCACCAACAUAAAGGUUGUAUUCCUUCUUUCAAAUGUUAGUUUCCUUUAAUAACAGAACUUAACACUGAUAAUGUUACAUAAAUUACAAAAUCAUAGCGACCAAUUCCAUUUCUCCAUUAAGACUCAUGACUUUGAAAGAGGCUGGGUCAUUCACGGAGACGUUUAAGAAUACAUGGUAAGCUGAAGCCACUACAAAGUAAAAAGAAAAAUAUAAAUCAUACAGACAUAUAAUAGACCAUAUAUACUCUUAACAUGUGUCACAAAAAACAUGCCAUGAAUAAAUAUAGCUCACCUCAAGUACAUUAAGUUUGAUAAUUCCAUCUCCAUCCUUGUCAAAAGCAUUGAAAGCCCCUUCAGGAGUCAAAAAACACUUGUAAGACAUACACAUGUAAAAUUGAACAAGCUCAUGUAAUGUAUUAGAGAUGGACUGAUGUGGGUUUGUCAGGACUGAUUAUUAGUAGUUAGAGGGGCCGAUAACUGAUUUUUGGAGCAGAUAUUCAUUUGCAAUCAAAGUGUAACAAUUGGCAUGAAAAAUGGAAUUUUGCAAGCACUGAACGUCAUUGAAAUGCCUAAAGCAUGUUUAUUAAAUCACACAUGUAGAAAAUAAUAUAAUAAUAUAAUAAUACACAGAAACGUCUCUUAUAAAGUUAAAUAAAUGGUUAAAUAAAUAGCUCUCUGAAAAUCUUCCACAGAAAAUACAAUACAUCAAAAAUACAGGGAGUUCCCAGGCUCAGCAGCACCUUUUUUAGUGAAAUAAAAACUUAGAUAAUAGCUCCCUGAAUUUUUCCUUGAAUUCUCCGCCCUGAUGACCUCGUCUAAGUAUCCUUGAGCAAGGUACUAAACCCCACGUUGCUCCUGGUGCUGCGUCACCAAUAUUUAGAUGAGGAUUUAGUGUGAAGUACGGUGGCCGAGAGGUGUCAGGCGAAAUGCAAAGUCCAAACACUUUGCAAAUAAAAAAAAAAACACGAACCCCAAUUGCAAACGCUUUGCAAACGAAAAAAAGCACAAACGCAAACUGCCACAACACGAUCCCCAAUUCCUAAAGCGCGAUUGCAAAUUGGCAAAAGCACAAACCCCAAUUGCCACAACACGACAGCAAAAGGCAGCAGCACAAUAGCAAAAUCAUGCAGCACGACGGCAAAAAAAAAAAAAAAAAAAAGAAAAGGACGACACUUAGUAUAAUGCUAUAUGUGCUUUGUGACCAUCUCUACGGACUAGUGACGUGAUCUGUCGUUCACUUGAGUAAACGAAUCCAUUCCGGAUCGUUCAGUAAAAAGAUUCGUUCAAACGAAUCGCUCAACGAAUCGUUCGCCCCCCUCAUCUCCCUCCCCGCCCAAAUGAAUCGUUCGGUUAGUGAACGGGAAGUGACGUUGCCGAACGAAUCACCAAAGACCGCUUCGCAGUAUAACUGAACGGGAAGUGACAUUCUUGGUCCCUCCCUCUCUCUUGUACACAGGCUCCUCAUUGACCGCUCGUCGUAGUUUCAGUAAUGAGUGACAGGCAAUAUCAUUCUGCUUUCACAGACAGCCUCGUCUCCCUCCCGCUGCUGCAAAAGCGAGGGAGAACUUCCGCGUCGUCUGUCCUAGUUCUAUGGGCUCAAAGUCAUGGCUCGUGCUUGCAUUUCGAUUGAGGACACGGUUAAACAUUU